AUGCCGUCUCCACUCAUCCCGGCGCGGCCCCGUCGCCGUGUCAGCGCGUGCGAGGAGCAGCACAUCCUCCCCCUCCCCUCGGGCCGACAACUCGCCUACGCCGUCAACGGACCAUCCACAUCCCGCACCGUCGUUCUCUUCUUCAGCGGACUCAUGAGCGUCGGCCUCGCCCCGCACGUCCCCGCGCCCUGCCGGAGCCUCCUCCGCGCGCGCUGGAUCGCCCCCACGCCCGCCGGCAUGGGCCGCUCCAGCACCCGCCCUGCCUCCCUACCCUACCACGUCACCCUCGCGCGCGACGCCACCGCCCUCCUCCACCACCUGUACCCCUCCGACGACUACGACGCGCUGUACGUCGCGGGCGGGUCGUACGGCACCGUCAUGGCGCAGAUGCUCUACGGCGCGCCGCGCACGCUCUUCCCCGCCGGCGACAAGAUGGUCGGCUGCCUCCUCCUCGCCGGCUUCUCGCCCUUCAAGCACGACCUCGACCAUGCUCGGGCGCUCAGCUGGAGCACCUGGCUCUCCGUCGGCCCGCCCUCGCAGCUGCCCUUCCAGCCGCUGCAGCGCGCCUUUCGCGCGGCCAUCAGCCCAAAGGUGCGCACCGUCGAGGGCGCGGCUGCGUUCCUGCGCGCGACGGUGCUUGCCGGGCCGGCGGAGAGGGAGAUGUUGGCGGCGCAUGUGGCGAGGCUGGGCGAGACGGAGGAGGGGUUCGUGGAGAGGUUGGCGAGGGCCGCGGUGGCGAGCUGCGAGAACUGGGACGGGUUUAUGGAGGUGGCGGAGGUGCUGAGGGAGGACUGGGGGUUCGCGCCGGGGGAGCUGGAGGGGGCGGCGCCGUUGUUGGUUGUGGCGUCGGAGGGGGAUAAAAUUGGGAGCGCGAACUCGGCGUGGUUGGCGGCGAAUUACAAGAAUGCGACGGCGAGGACGAUACCGGGGGGACACAUCUCGAGCAUGUUUUAUAUGGACGAGAUAUGGGAGGAGAUGAUUUCUUUGGCUAGCAAAUGCACCGCCGUCGCUGAAGAAGAGUAA